AUGAAAAAGUACCCUCACAUGUUGAUCAAGCCACCAAGCAAAAAAGUGACAGAAAGUGAUUACCUUCAAUGCAUCUGGUCUCGAAUCCUUGAAGCAAUGUUCCCCCCUGAAAAAAAUAUCAUUAGAAUCAAAAGUGGUGAAUCGGUCAACUCGGCAAGCAAUAUCAACAAGAACGAACAAUAUAAUGGUGCCAGCUAUAUCAAGUCAUCGAAGAUUGAUUUCCGUCUCUUGGUUGAUGUUCAUAAUGAUCAGAUUGAUGUAGGUGCUGGUGAAUGUGCUUUGAACAAUGCCGAUGAUAAAGCUAUCACUGACGAGGGGAAAUUGACUCGCGAGACAAAGGAUGCUCUGGACGAAAUCAUCAAAUUAGUACCUGAAGAUCUGAAUGACGCUACCUGUUGGGGAAUGCAAUUUGCUGGCUCGCACUGUACGAUGACUUCCAUUCAUCUUGAAUCUCAAGGAUUGUACGUAAACAUGCAUAGGCAUGAAUUUAAUAUCCCAUCAUCAUAUUCUUCGCUGGAGAAUUUCGGUCCCACAAUUGCUUGGCUGUUGACUAUGAGGCAGCACAUGUUGCGCUUGGACGAGAUUAUCAAGAGACACAAAACCCCAGAACACUCAAAUUGCGUGUCUUUCAACAGACGUCAGGCCCACUCUCCAAAUCACAAGCUGUCGUACAUCCGUGAUACCUACUACACGCCACCUCGCAACCAUAAGUCCAAGCUUCCCAUGUUCAUGUUUAGAAAUGCUCCAGCAUCAACACCGGAGUCAUCAGCUGCUCCAAGAGCUCCAAGUCAAGCAUCGAACACAGCUAUUACCAUCGUCCCUGGUGAACCGGAUAAAAAUGGUUAUAUUGAUCAACGCAACGGAACAUAUUAUAACAUCCACACCAAGAAGCUGUACGAUUACCAUCCUCUCAUCGAUACAAACGUAAAUGAGGAAGACGACGAUUAA